AUGCGACGAGUGCGAGCCGGGAUGCGGCCAGGCUUGCAAUGCGCAGCGCCCCUACUUCUGCAACAGCUUUUGCAACAUCUUUCCCACCCUGUGCAACUACUGCUUCCUCAUCCAAUCCGACUUGUGCGUGCCCGGGUGCACAAACCUCUGCAGGAUCAACUGCGUGUGAUCGACCAUGCAGGAACACAUCGACAUGAGUGGACUCCAGAGUGUCGAUGA